UAUUUUGAAGGUCAAGCAGUCUGACUUCCGGUAUCUUCCUCCUUCUCCUCCAUGAACUUGACGCGCCAUCUUGUCCGCCCUGCCCGUCCUCAGCCAACUCUCUCCGUCUGCAACUUUGGGCGUUUUCCCUUCCCGCUUCUCACUUCUAUUACCGUUACCGGACAUUUCACGGUGAAAACUGGACGUUACCGUGUCCCGUCUGCUCGAGCUGUCUCCUCCCGUGUAUCCGUGAUUAUUUUCUAACAGUCCCCGGGAGAAGCUGAGUUUCCAGCGGACCGGUAAACUCCUCCGACAGCGUCCAUGGUGAUCCGCACACAGCUGUUGGUCUAACCCUGUCCCCCCCGUCCCUCCCCCUCUUCAGGGAGCGAGGUCGUGGCUGAUCUGGGAUGAGCCUGGUGGAGUGUAGGCUGCAGGACUCGGCGUGUCCCCACAGGAGGCUGCUGUCUGCGGUCAUGAAGCCUCCCUGCUCCCUGUACUGCUCCCUGUGGUUCCUCCUGCUGCUGGGAGCUGGAUCUCUGCUGCUGCUGGUCCACCUGCAGGACCUGACUGAGACCGUCCAACAGCAGAACCCAGGUGUGAUGCUGGUGGCUCCUCGGUGGCCGGUGGAGAAGGAGGUGGUGACAGACCGAGCAGCAGCUCAGAAGACUCAGGUCUCUGCAAUGAACUCUGAGGUCCUGGUCUCUGACCUCAGACCGUCUCUGUCUGCGUUCGAGUCCUCGGUCGGAUCCAAGCAGCCGGUCACCAAACGUCACAGGAAGCUGCUGCUGAAGAGCGGCGUGGCGGUGUCCGGUGCCCCCGCUGGUGGAGACGAGGAGUGGCAGCUGAGGCAGAGGCUGAAGCUGGAGAGGACUCAGGAGUCCCGCCGCCGCCUGCUGACCCAGGUCUGUGCCAAGUACCAGCCGGGCGUCACCGAGCAGCCGGUCUCUCAGCGGCAGGUGUCACGGGUCUACGUGGAGGACCGGUCACGGCUGCUGUACUGCGAAGUGCCCAAAGCCGGCUGCUCCAACUGGAAGCGUGUGCUGAUGGUGCUGGGCGGCAGCGCCACCUCCACCAGAGACAUCCCUCACGACGCGGCGCACUACGCCAACCACCUGCGGCGUCUGGAGAGCUACGACCGCGCUGGCAUCGCCGAGAGACUGCGCUCCUACACCAAGGUGCUGUUCGUCAGGGAGCCCUUUGAGCGCCUGGUGUCGGCCUUCAGGGACAAGUUUGAGAGCCCCAACUCGUACUACCACCCCGUGUUCGGACGGCCCAUCAUCUCCAGGUACCGCACCAACGCCACACGCACUGCGCUGCGCACUGGCGCCGGCGUCACCUUCAGGGAGUUCGUCCAGUACCUGCUGGAUGUGCGGCGGCCAGUAGGGAUGGACAUCCACUGGGAGCCGGUCAGCCAGCUGUGUAACCCCUGCCUCCUCAGAUACAACUUCAUCGGCAAGUUUGAGAGUCUGGAAGAGGAGGCCAACUUCCUGCUGCGGAGCGUGGGGGCGCCCGGGAACCUCACCUUUCCUGAUUUCAAAGACAGGAACCCGCGGGCGGAGAGGACUUCCUCCACCAUCACACAGAAAUACUUCUCCCAGCUCAACGCCACAGAGAGACAGAAGGCCUAUGACUUCUACUACAUGGACUAUCUGAUGUUUAACUACCCCAAACCCUUCAAAGACCUGCACUGAGCUCAGCCCGCGGCCCACAAUGCACUGCAGCGCUGCCAUGUUGAACACAGCUGAACCUUUAACUGUGACUCUGAUGAAGGUGGAGGUUUAAUCUGUGUGUUUUAAUCAGGAGGGAACUGUUUUUAUUUCUAUGUUUAUCAUGAUCAAACUGUUUAACCUCAAACUGUCAGAGUCUCUGUGAUGGUUCAGUUACUCUGUGUAACUGUGGUGAAGAGCCGUCAUUAGAAACCAGCAUUCAUCUGUGAUUUCCAGCCAGGAGACUGAUGCAGAUAUCAGCAGUUAGAAACAGAGUUUGUGUUUGUUACAGCCAUAGAGAGAGGAGAAGAGGAUCAUGGGUAAUAUACAGUUCAGCACACAGUCAAGAGUCUGGUCUCUCUCUGACAGAGUUAAUGACCAGUCCUGGCUGCAGGGGCGCUGCUGCUCAGCAGAGUUACACAGAGGAGGAGGAUCCACAGCUCUGGUC